CCCAGGAAUGAGGACCCAAAAGGAUACUUUGUAGAUUUGCAAGUUGACUCCAACACUCCGGCGACCACCGACGCCAAUGGGUACCGCCGCCGCCGCCGCCGCCUCAUCCAACGCCGAUUCAGAAUCGGCAACCCUUUUGCUUGCCACUGCGCCCUCCAAAAUCCCAGAAGACUCCUUCCACUUGGCCUACAUCACCUACUUCACCCUCGGCACCGGCUACCUACUCCCAUGGAACGCCUUCAUCACCGGCGUUGACUACUUCUCCUACCUCUACCCCGGCGCCUCCGUCGACCGGAUUUUCUCCAUUGUCAACAUGAUGGUCAACCUGGUCUGCGUCUCCUUCGUCGUCGCCUUCGCGCACAGAUCGCGGCCGUCGGCGAGGAUCAACGCCGGCUUGGCCCUAUUCACGGCGGCCCUCGUCGGCGUGCCGCUGGUGGAUGCUUUCUACGUGAAGGGUAACGUCGGCGUCUAUGGUGGGUUCUAUGUAACUGUGGGGUUGCUAGUUGUGUGUGGAGUCGCCGACGGGAUAGUUCAGGGCAGUGUAAUUGGAACCGCCGGAGAGCUGCCGGAGAGAUACAUGCAGGCUGUGUUUGCAGGCACUGCUGCUUCUGGUGUUCUUGUUUCUCUGCUAAGAGUUGUGACCAAAGCUGUGUAUCCACAAGAUGCUGAGGGGCUGAGAAAAAGUGCAAACCUUUACUUCAUUGUAGGCAUUGCAUUGAUGGUUGUGUGCAUGGUUUCCUACAAUGUGGCACAAAGACUCCCGGUGAUUAAAUACUACCGUGAUCUGAAAGCUCAAGCCGUGAGCAAAGAGAUGGGCGACGAAAUGGGUAGGGAGCUAUGGACAUCAAACCUGGGUGACAUUAUAGGGGGUGUGAAGUGGUAUGGAUUUGGCAUUGUCAUUAUCUAUGUCGUCACACUAAGCAUCUUUCCUGGAUACAUCACAGAGGACGUGCAUUCUGAGAUCCUCGGUGACUGGUUUCCAAUCCUGUUGAUUACAAGCUUCAAUCUAUUCGACUUGGUUGGCAAGUCCCUAACUGCUAUCUAUGUUAUCGAGAAUUCUAAGGUUGCAAUUGGUGCAUCCUUUGCGAGGCUGUUGUUGUUGCCUCUUUUCUACGGUUGUAUCCACGGUCCUAGAAUGUUUAGAACCGAGGUUCCAGUUACAGUACUGACCUGUCUUUUGGGCGUAACGAAUGGAUACUUGACCAGUGUGCUGAUGAUGUUGGGUCCCAAGACCGUGGAGCUGCAACACGCAGAGACAGCAGGAAUUGUGCUUGUGCUGUUCUUGGUGAUUGGUCUGGCAAUAGGUUCUGUAGCAUCAUGGCUCUGGGUCCUGUAGUUUAUGUCAACUGCAACAUCCUCUUUAAUUUAUGUCAAUAAUAAAAAAAUCUUAAAUGUAAACAGAAUUUGAAGAACAGAAAGGGCUUUCAUAUGAAUUCCAACGUUAAAUUCAA